AUGGGUUGCAAUCAGACUAAGGUUUCAACUGCUACAACAACGAACAACAGUACUUCGCCAAUUGCUACCAUUCCUGUUGUCACUACACGAGUUGUUGACGCAAGCAGUUCACAAAUAACCACACAUGACACUACAACUGUAAUUGAUCGUGAGCAAAUAAAUCUUGAAUCUCAUCAAUUAGUUUGGUGUGAUGUUGGUAUAAAUGACAAUGAAAAUAUUGUUACAAUUGAGAACCUACGCAAAAUUGUUGACUACACAAAGUUGUUUGAUAGCGUUCAGAAAUGUCAACAGUAUCUUGAAAAUCAACAAGACAACAGUACAACAUUUCUAGUAACAUCGGGUCAUCUUGGAGAAAGUCUUGUACCAAAAGUUCAUCAUCUUCAAAAUGUAUUGGUUAUUUUUCUCUACUGCCACAAUAAAGAGUAUUAUCAACAAUGGGCUUCAAAAUAUGAGAAGGUCAAACAUAUCCAUACAGUCCUCGAUCAUCUGUUAGAUGAUCUUAAAAAUGACGUUCAGAACUAUCUAAAGUCUGAAAAAAAUGGCAAUAUUGUCAGCUCAUUGAAACAAGAAAAUAGUAUUGAUGGAGCAUUUGAAUGGUGGCUGAAUCUAACGAAACUUCUGGUUAAUAUACCAUAUCCUGAAAAUUGUCGACUCAAACUCGUAACUACUUUGAAAGAUUAUUAUAAAGGUAAAGAAUCAGAACUGAAGAUUUUAGAAGAAUUCGAAAAAGACUAUAAAUCAGAGAAAGCUAUUUGGUGGUAUACACGUGAAGCAUUUGUAUAUCGUCUAGUAAAUCGUGCAGCGCGUCAAAAGGAUCUUCAUAUAAUGUUUUUAUUUGGAUUUAUCGUUCAAGAUUUAUAUCAUCAAUUAAAACAAGAACAUGAAAAGUUCAAAAUAUCACAUGCAGAUGAUCCCAUUAUAAAAAGUUAUCGUGGACAAAUAAUGUUACAUAGAGAAAUCACUGCAUUAAGUGAUAGACCAGGCCCACUUUGGCUUAGAAAUACGAGUUUUCUUUCUACAUCGUUGCAUCGUGAAAUUUCAUGCAAUUUCUUACAAAUGUCAACACUCGCGGAAGGCUUGGAACGAGUUUUAUUAGAAAUUGUAAUUGAUACACAGGAGGAGUCUCAGCCAUUUGCCGAUAUUUCACAUUUGAGUGAAGUUUCAAGUGAAGCAGAAAUUUUAUUUAUGAUGGGUACAUCAAUUUUCAUUGACGAAGAAGGAAUAUCAUACGACGAAAAGGAAAAACUUUGGAAAUUUAAUGGAAAAUUAGGAACAGAUUGGGUAUGGGAUGAUCAACACCUUCAGGCAACGUCAACGAGGAACCAACUGGCACAUUGUUUGCGUGAUUUCUACAAAGAAACUGAAAAUAAACCUCUUGAUGAAAUACACAAUAUUUUCAAUGAAUUGUUGAAUAUUUUUCCAUUAGAAAAAUGGAUAACAGCUGUAAAAGCUUCGUGUCUUGGAGCCAUUAAUCUUAAGUGGCCACUGAGGGACCAUGCUAAAGCGUUAAAAUAUUAUGAAAAAUCUUUAUCAAUUUGGUUUGAAUUUGUAGAUGAUGAUGAAUUGCAAUGCUAUCUUGAUAUUGUCCACAUCUAUGAACAAAUUCGGGAUAUUGUGGAGGAAACAGACUUUGAUGUUGAAGAUUACGCAUUUACUGAUAAACAGUAUGAUUUAGCUAUCGCUCAAGCUCAAUCAUUACUUGAAAAAUGUAGUGAUGAAUCCCAGCAAACUAUAAUACACGUUCGAUUGAGUUGGUUAUACAUACAGAAAGCAAAUAUGAAUACUGACGACACUAAGAAGGCAGAAAAUCUUCUGUUGGCUCUUCGUCAUAAAAAACUAGAAAUACAAACAUUAACCAACUCUUCAACGUCUAGUGAUCAAUAUACACGAACCGCUUCUUUAUAUAAUCAAAUAGCUAAUCUUAAUGAAAUGCUAUUCAAUUAUGAAGAAGCUCUAACAAACUAUAGCAAAAGUCUAGAAAUUCAAUGUGAAUAUCCAGUAUAUAAUUAUGCUGAUAACUAUAGUAUUGCUACUACAGCAAUAGUUCGAAUUUAUAUUGACAAGAAACAUGAUUACACAUCUGCACUUAAAUAUCAAUUAUUGAAACAUGAAUAUAUACUAAAAAAACCAAUAGACGAAGAUUAUGAAGAUGAUGACAUCAAAAACGGUGAAAUAGCUGAUAGCCAUGUCGUAUUAGCUAAUAUCUAUAGAGAAAUGCAUCAGUAUGUCUCAGCGACUAAACAUUUGACGACAGGUAUUGAAUUAUACAAAGAAGAUAGAUACGAAGACCAUAAAGAGAAAAUUGAAAAUCUACUUCAGAAGCUCGAAACACUAAAGUCCUUAUUAACGUCAUCUAAUUCUUCCAAACCGACAUAA